AAGCUGUCAAACCGUCGAGAAGAAUCUUCCUCGCGUUUUUCUCUGCGUAACACAAAACAUGGCCUCGAUUUUACGGUCCAGCAAAUUUGUGCGAUAUUUCGCGGGUUUCGCUCGGAACAUCGUGUUCAACACGGUCCGCGAAACGGAGGGAAGCCUCCUGCAGCAUUCGCAGUGUUUGUGCGGCAACUCGGUCAGUGGAUUUGCUUCAACUGCUGCCAGUUCGAGCCAGGGUCUCGAUAGGUCCCUGAAGCGACUCGAUGAAGAUGUUCGUCGAUCGGGUCGAAUCUCAAGGCGUGAUCUGGAGGAUGUUUUGGAGGAGAUACGGAUGAACCGUUCGGCUACCAGUGCCCAAUCGUUGUUGGUCAUUCGGUGUUGUGGCAAUCUGGUACCGGAGGAAUUGCCAGAAGUUCGAACGGCUUUGGUGCAGGAAAUCUGGAAAACGCUUAACAAUCUGAACGUGGCAAUGGAUGUGUCCCAUUUCAAUGCUCUGCUGCGGGUGUAUCUGGACAAUGAGCAUCCGUUUUCGCCGACGGAUUUUCUGGCCGAUCUGAAAGCGAAGGGAAUCGAACCGAACAGGGUUACCUAUCAGCGGUUGAUCUCCCGGUACUGCCAGGAGGGGGACAUUGACGGGGCCACCAAGAUUCUCGAAUACAUGCGCGAAAAACAGCUUCCGGUCAACGAGUACGUGUUUAAUGCGCUGAUCAUGGGCCAUUCGCAGGCUGACGAUUUGGAAUCGGCUACUGGAAUCCUUGCUGUUAUGUCGCAAGCCGGACUGCAGCCAUCGGCCGAUACCUACACGACGCUGCUGUGCGGAUACGCCCGAAAGGGUAACGUGGACUACAUCCUUAAAACGCUGGAGACCUGCGAACAGAGAGAAAUCUAUUUGCUCGAUAAGGAUCUGUUGGAGAUUAUCUAUUCGUUGGCCACCAACGGUCACGCGGAAAAGAUUGACCCAUUGAUUGCCAAGAUCCGGAAGCAGGCCGGGUUCAACCAAGACGCGGUGAAUGUGAUCUUGAGGUUGAUCAACCGUGGCCAGGAAGAUGCUGCGUUCAAGGUGCUGAAAACAAUGCCGAGAGCCACUAAAAACGAUGGGGAAUUGGCAAACACCGGAGGUUUCUUGGUUAAACAAUUGAUUAAAGCGAAGCGACCCAUCGGAAAAAUCCUUUCGAUUUGUGAGGAACUGACCAGCUCGGGUAUGAACUCCAACGCCUAUCUGAUUGCUUUGGAGACUGCAUUGAAGAAUGGAAUCGUCGAUUCGGCGUACGCCCUUUUGAAAGCCUUAAACGAACAGAACCACCCCGUUAGGCAGCAUUACUUCUGGCCACUGUUGUGCGCCAACGAUCAACCUCGGCCGGAGGGAGUCCUUAACGUAAUAAGAACGAUGAUUCAGGAGUUUAAUGUACAACCCAGUAGUGAAACCAUUCGGGAAUAUGCAAUUCCCAAUAUGGGAAUGAACAAUCACGAAGAAGUGAUCCAACUGCUACGGAGUGUUGGUAUUUCCUCAGCCGUGGCUAGUUCCGGAUGCGUUUUUGUCGCCUUGGAGAACAAUAACCUGAAGGAUGCGGCCAACAUUGCCUCUCGGUACAAGGCUUUCUAUUCACCGGGAGUUUAUCGAAAGCCGUUGACUUCGGCGUUGGCUCAAUCACAGGACUUCAAUUCCUACAUCCGGUUCACGCGCCACUUGUAUGACAAUUUGCUGAGAUUGAAUGCAAAGGAGGAAAUGAACGAACAAGCUGGUGAAAGCGAAACCAGUUUGCCGAAUAUUCAAGCGGAAGUCCUCGGGUCUUUGAUCUACGAUGUCGCGGUGGUUUUCAAGAACAAACGUGUUGAAGCACUGGAAAAGGUCCUGUCCGGAUUCGUGAGCCAAGGUCUGUCCAUUAGCAAUUCACAAGCGGAAAGAAUUCAGGAAAAACUAGGAGCUGAAAUGACGACCGAAAUUUCCACCAUGCUGAGUAAACUGGCCGCAGGAGAUUUGGAACCCGUUCAGUUGGAAAGCAUGGGCCAAAGGACAAAAACACCCACAUCUAACCUCUCGGUCCCUCAGUUGGAACGCCUGAUAGCCAAUUUACAAGAACGCGGAGAGAAUGCCAAUUCCCUGAAGAACCAACUUAUCCGCAAUGUGAUCCGUGCGAAUGAUGUUGCCAAAACGGAAGAGAUCCUAGCUCGUCUUGAGGAAGACAGUUACGUCGUUCCGCCCGGAGUGUACGCCCAGGUGAUCGAGUUGUACGCCAACAGCGGAAAGGUAGAAGAAUCCUUCGCACUCCUCGAGAAAGUCAAAGCGAAACUUCCGGACUUUGAGCUGGACGAUACGAAAAUUGUUCGCCUGGCGCAAGCUUUGCUUAAUCAGGACCGAUUCGACGAUGCCCUGAAGUUUAUCGCAACCAACAAGGCCACGACCGAUCGCACCGAAAAGGAGGUAGAUUUCAACUACAACAGUGCCUGCUGGCGGCUAUUGAACACGUUGGCCGAGAAGGGACAGAGCGAAGAAGUUAAUAAGCUUUUCCAGCAGCUGCUGGACAACGGAUACAUCACGGUACAGAACAUUUUCCUGGGAUCGUUGAUCAAGGUUCACAUCGUCAAAAAUGAUGUCCAGACGGCCAUUGCGGUAUUUGAGGAAAUUUGUCAAAAGUAUCGCACCACGCCAUGGAAAGCGGAACUUACCUGUCGGUUGAUCCAAGCGGAGGAUGCCACCAAUCUGCAGCGCUUGACCGAUCUCAGCACCGAAGUUCACGGUGAAGUGAACAGCUUGUACGAUUUGGUGUUUGCGUUUGUGGACUGUGGCCGUAUUCGUCAGGCUAGGAAAAUUCUGGAAACGCCUGGGCUUCGCUCCCGUGGCCAACGCAUUGAGAGUGCCUGCGAACGUUAUCACGUCGAAGGAAAGACUCAGAGCUUGGAAGGUCUCAUGGAAGCUACGAAAGAUUUGAACCACAUCGAUCGAUCGGCCAUUUAUCACAAACUGCUCAAAAGCUACAUCAACGAUAAACAACCGGAAAAGGCUCUGGGUCUAUGGACCAAAAUGCAGGAAGAAGACCAGACCCCAACGGACGAAUUUCUGGUCGAACUUUCCAACUUUUUGAAAGCAAAUGGAUACGAAGUACCAUUUGUGGCUCCGAAUGCUAGCCCAGUCAAAAAAGCGAUUCAAGCAGCACCAAAAACCAAACAAACUGAAACGAAACCUGUUGAUGUCAAGAAAUCAGUUUCGCCAACUCUGAAGGAGUUCAAAGCAGCAUCCAAGGCGGGCGAUGCUGAUCGGUUGCUGGCGGCCCGAGAAAAGUUAACCGAAGGCGAUAAAUUGAAUCUUACAGAACAAUCCAUGGUGGUGGAAGCUCUGGUCAAUCGCGAUAGAUUGAAUGAAGCUUCUAAGUUGGUGCUUAAAAUGCUAGAACAAAAUCUCCAUCCGAUUCCACGGAUUUUCAAAUAUUUCCUCAACAAACUGGCAGCUUCCGGUGAUUUGAGUACUUUUGAGCGCAUUGGUGGGAUGAUCUCGGAUGAAGUGAAGCGACUGAUCUCUUUCGACAACCGCCUGUGCCACGCCCACAUUGCCGGCGGCAACGUAGAACAGUAUAUGAAGAAACUGGAAGCCACAGCUAAUGCAAUCAAAACAAAAGAAGAAGCCGAAAUCGCGGCAAAGCAUUUCCCGAUCGGUGGAGCCUCUGGAAUUCUGACCAAACAUCCGGAAAUGCAUGAUCGCUACAAGGCGGUCGCCGAAAAGUACGUUAAAUACGAUCUUAUUGCUCCGAUGAAUGCCCUCUGGACGUAUCACUUCAUGAUGAACAACGAAGUGGAAGCCCAACAGAUCUGGGAUCAGUUCUUGAUCAACAGCUCCAGGGUUAUGUUCCAGAAGAUUAUCCAACAGGCCCGGGAAACGAACGACGAUGCCAUGGUGCGUCGCCUUAUCGAUCAGCUCAAGGAUUCCAAGGUGACGGAAAAUGGCAUGGGAAUCAUCUACAGUUGUUUGAUCGAUGCCCUGGUCAUCAAGGGACAAGCCGCCCAAGGUUUGGAAGCCCUGAAGGAUGGCCUCAAGGUUAUCUGCCUGGAGCACUUUAACCGAUCGGCUCUGAGGCGGCUUAAGGAUUGCGCGGUGGCUGCUGGACACGAUUUUCCCUACACGAUUCCGGACCGAACGGCCAACAAGGCACAUGACACAUCCAGCAGCAGCAGUGGAAGCAGUAGCAGCAGUGAUGACGAUGUCGGCCGGGCUAGAGGUAGCAACUAAGAGCAUAUUCCUAGGUAAGUUACUUAGGUACAAGCCACGCGAGCAUUAUGGAAAUUGCAGAAAGCUGUUGCACCAAGAAGCAUUGUUGUAUUGUAAUAGUUUGUCAUACACCACCCCAAAUUAGUUUUAAAUAGAUAUAUCAAAAUAUGCUGGAACUUCA